UUGCUUGUGUGUGGUGAGUGGACAUCGAUCUUUUGUGAAUAAGUAUUAGAAGAGGAUAAGAAGAAGAAGAAGAAAACAUAAACUAGAGAAAAAAAGAAAGAAUUAGUGGGAGAGAAAAAUGGUGAGCGAAGAAAUAGAAAAGAAACUCUACAAAGCUGCAUCAAAAGGGGAUGUAAAAGCACUUGUUCAACUAGUUGAAGAAGAUCCAUAUCUUGUUCAUGGAUUCUCGUUUCCAUGUUCAAGAAACCUUCUACACAUAGCAGCGAUGCAUGGACAAACAGCCGUUGUCGAAGAAGUGUUGGAGCGUAAUCCGAGGCUAGCGCGGAGUUCAGACUCCCGAAAUUCGUCCCCUCUUCACAUUGCGGUAGACGAAGGGGACCUUGAAAUCACAAAAAGGUUGAUGUCAGCAGCGCCGGAGAUGUGCUGGUGGCAGGACAAUCAAGGGAUGAAUCCGAUUCAUGUUGCGGCCGUGAAAGGGCAUGUUUUGAUAUUGGAGGAGCUGCUUCGACCGGACCUAUUUCCUGCCCGGGAGACAGUGCAUGGCGGGCAGACCGUGUUGCACUUGUGCGUGAAACAUUUUCAAAUCGCGACGUUGAAGGUUUUGGUCGAAAAGUUGGGGGACUUAGUUUGUGCAACGGAUGGUGAUGGGGAGACUCUCUUGCAUUUGGCUGUUAGAUCCAAUCAACUUGAGAUUGUAGAAUACUUGGUGGAAAGUAGAAAAAUAAAGAGACUAGCAAGGAAUUCGAAUGGCGAAACAGCAUUGGAUAUCUUGCGCGAGAGCUUUCACGACACAAAUACAUAUAGAGAAAUGAGAAAAAUCUUGCAACGUAUCGAUUCUCUGUCAAUGGUCAAACAGUUCCCCAAGUUGACCGAAAUGGCAAUGGUGGUGGUGAUUCUAAUAGCCACGAUGGCGUUCCAGGCGGCGGUCAACCCCCCGGGGGGCGUGUGGCAGGAUGACUCGCCAUCACACAAGGCGGGCAGAGCAGUGAUGGCAACUGAUAGUCCUGAACUAUAUAUAUCCUUCAUUAUUGCUACCAACACGGCUUUCAUUUCAUCGAUGAUCACAAUCGUCCUCAUCAGCACGGGAGCGCCACAUGUAGAUUUCGUCUUCCUGUCAAUCACCACGUAUUCGAUGUGGGUGUCGAUUGCGUCUAUUGGAGUGAGCUAUGGAAUUUCUCUACUCAUGACCAAUCCUAUGGAAACAAAAUCAGUUUUCGAAAUAGCCAUGAUAGUCGUAGGCGUGUUCGUCGGCAUCUAUAUAUUGUUGCUCAUCUACUUCCCCAUACGCACGAUAGUUUUGGGGGGGCUUAAACAAGCAGAGACACAAAUACAGAGUUUGCUGGAUGGUCUUGCAGGUCAGCCCGACUGCCCUUCCAAACGUGCGAUUGUUUCAUUGUGUGUCACAAUACAGAGAUGGAUUGGAGUUCUUACCACCGGUUAUUGAAGAUAUACUCAAUGCUUCAAUGUAAUAAUAGAGAGUCGAGCGUAGUUAUAAUUAAGCUCCAUUUCCCGUUCUCUUUGUUGGUUUUUUCCCGGAAUGCAAAACAACCCUAGAAUUGAGUCUUAAAGACCUUGUAUUCAUAAACAACUUAAGAAAUCACAAGACUCCUCUAUUAUUUUCGUCUAA